AUGUCUCAGCAAACCAACUCCACCACCAACUCCAAGCCAAAUGGCUAUGCGCAACAGACACGAAUGCUCGCUCCGUCGGCAAAGCAAUUGCCCGCCUCUUCCACCGCCCAAUCGUCUAAGCGCAAGGCCAGCUCUGCGGUCGAGGGCCACACGGAAAUGCUUCCUUCGAAGAAGCAGCGCACCGAGUCUCCUAUGAAGGAUGACAAGCCCGAGCCUAAAUGCAAAGGCGCCGAAACCAGCACCACUAGCACUGCCGCCGCUGUCCACACCGCUAGAGCCGCAGCAUCGAAGUCCAAGAGUGCGAAGCCAGCUGCGAGCACGACCAAGCAGGCGAAGCGCAAGGCAGAUAGUGAGGAGGCAGCAACUUCCAAGAAGCAGAAGCAGGAAGGUGGCACGGCACACGCGAUCUCCGUAGCCAACGGCAAGGCCUCGACUGACGAGGACGCGGAACUGGCGAGCAAGACCGUCGACACCAGCCAGCGCAAGAAGAAGAUACCACGCAAAGGCUUCCGCGCUACUCCAAUGUUGCAGAUUCCAACUCCGUCGCACAGCAGUGAGGACGGUAAAUCGACGCCUCUUUCCCCAUCUUCAACGGGGACAUCAACAGCUUCAAAGCCUGUGCUCGCCGACAAUCCUGCCCAAGGCAACAAAAACUCCGCCUCUAUGGCUGAUAAUACAUCGAAGAACAUCACUGGCAACAAGCGCAAGCGCUCAGUGAUUCGUGAUGACGAGGACGAGGAAGAGCCGGAGCCAAGCAAGGCACGUAGGCGCCUUAUGCCUAGUCAAGACGACGAGGAGGGAGAGAAUGAUUCCACUCCUCAACUGCUGCCGCCAAGCACGAGAGGCAGCACGGACACCGCCCAGCCACAGUUUUCGAAGUUCAGGAGCAGCACCUCAACUGAUCCUCAUGAUCCCAGAGACGUCUAUUUGAAAAUCGCCAAGAACAAGUUCGUUGGUCAGCCAGAUCGUCAGGAUAUGUACGACCUGGUCUGUUUGGGCAAAUUGGAAGUCCUCCUAAAGAGCCAGUUGAGCGCGUGGCUUGCUCUCAAUACUCCAGGCGCCGAUAAGCUUGGAGUAAACGCGACGGUCGUCGAGAUGAGAGCUACGGUCCGCGAGUACUGCAGCAAGUACCCGCUACCAGUGCAGAAGCCGAAAGCUAUGGCAAUGCCCGAUCACAUCAAGACUCGUGAUCUCCGCGUCUUGGGGAGUUUCAAGAAAUUCAAGAGGGCUCGUACUCCACCUACGGCUCAGCCAGCUCCGCAAGCUACAGCUCAGCAACCCUCUCGGCGAUCACAAGCCCCUACGACCGGCUCCAGUCGAGCCCCUGCGGCAUCUCGGCGCAUUGCGAACACUGGUCCUCCGCACGCGGGCAGCACACUACAACCCGGCAGUGGAUUCCGCUGUGAGUGUGGCCUCUCUUACGAGCGAGGAUGUGACCACUGGUGCCCCAGAAGUGAUCGGCGCGACCUUCUUAGAUGAGGGCGCUAUCACAACGGGUACAAGGGCCCACACACUUCGACAUCUACAUCAACCGCAUGUCUGAGCUGCGCCCACUAUCCCGACGGCGACUUCAUCUCACCAUCAUGCCAACUACCUCACCUUCGAUUCUAUGCCACAAAAAAUGUCAGCCGACUUACGCGUUGCCUUGUACCGAUUAGUCAAAGAACGCAGUAGGAAGAGGCAUCGUGUGAGCGGACGGCAGAAUUGAAGACUCCUCAACAAAAACUUAGCAUAACCUUGUACCGAUUACUGGAGAUCUUGCGACGAGUGGAACCCAAGGAGUCCUGCACAUAUAUGCGGGAAGCCUUGGUACAGCUCGUCAAAAGACACGGUAGGAAGAGGCAUUUUGCGAGUGAGGAAGGCAGGAUCUAAGGUGUUGGAAGGAGCACUGGGCAUGGAACUACGUGAGGAAACAAUUUUCGAAUGAAGAGAGACGGAUACACUGGUAACAAGAUGGACUGCAAGACCGAGUACCAUGAAAGACACGAGGAGUUGGCUAUCGACAUGGCAGUGCAGGAGACAUGGACCUCGAGAAGGGGUCCAGCGUACUUCUAGCAAGCUGGACGGAUAGCGGCAUGACCUGUGAGUCAAGCACUCGGAAGCGGACACGGAGAUAUUAGCAAGGCGGUACCAGAAACAUCUCUCUUUUUGAAAGGAGACAAUGGAACCCAAUUGCUUAGGAGAGACCUUUGCGGGUAAAUUUGGCAGCAUUCUAAUGACAACGAUGUUUGCGUCUCCAUUUACUUGCUAUCGUGCCUUUGUCCUCGUCCAGUCUGUCGGGCUGCAAAGCGCGUUUUGAUAUUGCAUUAAAGUAAACCUGGGCCCUCAUGAGCCGGUAAUCUUUAUCUCUUUCCAUACCACGCCUGUUCUAUACCCUUCUCAACAACUUAUAAAUGUCUGAAGAUGCGCCUAUACACAAGAUGAUCUUUCUUUUCUGGCUAAUUCGUUCUUGACCAGCCUUCAUAAAACAAUGUCUUUGUCUACUCAAAUUUACAAUGCAAUUAUGGGCCUCGUCUAGAUGAGCCUUCGACGAUGGCUCGCAAGACUUCCAACAAGAGAUGUAUAUACUCGCUUUCGAUAACAAGUCCUUGGGAAGACAGCAUGCUAUCCAGUUUACCAAGGUAAGAGCACUCCCGUUUUAUGUGCUACAGGCUAUUGACUGACGGGUACUUAUUAGAUGGAGGCAGCGCUUAG